UAUUUGUGUCUGGUAAACCUUGUUUCUCUUUACCUGAUCGAUCUUUGAGGCAUAUCCAUCUUUACCUAGACUCGUCUCACCACUUCAUAAUUACUUGCCAUGAAGAAAGUCUCUUGGCCGUAUUUUGAUCCUGAAUUUGAUAAGCUCUCUGAGAGGAUAUAUGGUCCUCCCUGCAGAGUUUGCAUUGACAAUGAAAGCCUUGAAGAUUGUACGGUAGUAAAGGUUGAUAGCGUGAACAAGCAAGGCCUCCUAUUGGAAGUUUUACAGAUUUUGACAGACAUGAAUCUCACCAUUUGCAAGAGCUACAUUUCUUCUGAUGUUCGAUGGUUUAUGGAUGUAUUUCAUGUCAAAGAUGAGCAUGGUAACAAAAUCACGGAUGAUAAUGUCAUUAACUAUAUUCAGCAGGCCAUAGGCACAACCAGGCUUAAUUCUCCCAAGAACUCGUUAAGGUCAGCCAAUGCCUACACCGGUAAGCCUUCGUCGGAACCCGAAAACCCCGGUGAGCACACCGCCAUCGAGAUGACCGGCACCGACCGGCCCGGCUUGUUCUCCGAGAUCUCGGCAGCCCUCGCCGACCUCGGGUGCAACAUAGUGGAGGCCCACGCGUGGAGCCACAACGCUCGCCUCGCCUGCGUCGCCUACAUCUCCGAUCAGUCAGCCGAGACGCCUAUCGCAGCCGAUUCUCACCGCAUCGCCUCCAUCGAGGACCGCCUCACCACCGUCCUCCGCGCCUCCACCAGUACGGCCGAGACCAGCCGGGCUUCCAACCAAUUAUGGAACGAGGCGAAGUCGUCGGCGGCGGCGACGUCCACCAACGUAGAACGGCGUCUGCACCAGCUCAUGCUAAGCGUCCGGGACUUCGACGCGGCGGCGCGGACGUUGCCGUUUGGAUUGGAUGGCGGCGGAGAAGGGUUAGGAAAACGGCGACAGCCACAUGAUGAGGGGAUUAAUAUGAAGAAGAGAAGGUGCAGAGUGAGGAUUGAAAGCUGUGAAGAGAAGGGUUAUUGGAUUGUUAGCGUGGAAUGCAAGGAUCGGUCCCGUCUAAUGUUUGAUACAGUUUGCACGCUCACCGACAUGCACUACUUGAUCUUCCACGCUUCCUUGAGCUCUACCGAUGGUUUUGCUUUUCAGGAGUAUUUUAUACGACAUGUAGACGGGAAAGCCUUGACCACAGAGAGAGAAAAGGAAAGAAUCGUAAAAUGCUUAGAGGCCGCAAUCGAACGAAGAGUCUGCGAGGGAAUUCGGCUGGAACUUUGGGCAGAGAACCGAGUAGGAUUACUCUCCGACAUAACUCGGGUUCUCCGAGAGAACGGCCUCGCCGUGGUUCGGGCCGAUGUAGCGACGCAGGGAGAGAAGGCGGUGAACGCGUUCUACGUUAGGGAUAUUUCAGGGAACGAAGUGGAUAUGGAAACUGUGGAGUCUAUGAAGAAACAAAUUAGCCCUAUUGUCCUUCAAGUGAUCACCACUAGUACUACCGAUGAUAAGUCAAAGUCACGUACUUAUGUUUCUCUUGGAGACAAGCUUAAAUCUCAAUUUGAGCGCUUCUCUCACAACUUUGUUACCAUCAAGUAAUUUGAAGUUGUGUGUGGAUAUAUUGGACUUUUAAUAUUUAGUUACGAUCAAUUUAUAGGUUUGUAAAUAAUUGUUUGUAUAUAA